UCAAAUCGCCCCCCCAAAAAAAAACACCCUUGUGCGAGAUUCCAUUUCCACUUCUCGCCCGAAACCCCAGCCAUGGCGAUCGCCGCGGAUUCCACCGCCGAGCAAGCCCCGAACCCUGCUCCCCACGAGCCUUCGGACGAGCCCCGCAAGGCUCCCGACCAGCCCGACCGUGGCGAGGACAAUGGGGUCGACUUCGACGAGGAGGAGGACGAUCCAGAGGAGCUGGACAGGCCAGCGGCGUACAAGGAGAAGGUGAAGGCCGUCUUCCGUCGCCUGCACGCCGAGCCCGUCCGCAUCCGCGUCCACGACGUCAUCAUCAGGGGCAAUUUCAAGACCCGCGGCUCCCUCAUCGAGGCGGAGGUCGGCGACCUGCUCCGCUCUGCCGGUACCGUGCAGGGCCUGGUGCGCGCCUCCAGCCAUGCCAACGCGCUGCUGCGCCGUCUCGACGUGUUCGACUCCGUCUCCAUCACCCUCGACGCCGGUCCGCCGGGGUUCCCCGGUACUGCGAACGUCACCAUCCAAGUCGUGGAGGCGGCCAGACCCUACAAUCGUGGCAUCUUCUUCUUCCCCAAGAAAGAGGUAAUAUCAUGGCCAGUUGAAGGAUGGUUCAUGUUGAAGAACCUAUUUGGUUACGGGGACAUGUGGGAUGUUUCAGGGGAAUAUGGUUGGGAUCAGUCAUCAAAGAUAGACAUUGGAGUGUACCUGCCAAGAUUGAAAUCAAUACCAACACCUUUGACGGCUCGGGCAUCAAUCCUUUCCGAAGAUUGGCUGAAGUUUUCAUCAUACAAGGAGCGUCUUCUUGGCCUUAAGUUUGGUUUGCUUUCAACCUGGCACCAUAACUUGUCUUAUGAUCUGGCAUGGCGUACCUUAACUGAUCCCUCACAAAUGGCAUCAGAAUCCAUAAGGAGGCAGCUAGGCCACAAUCUGCUUUCUGCACUGAGUUAUGCAUAUAAAAUAGAUAAAAGAGAUUCAGAAUUCCGGCCAACAAAAGGAUAUGCAUUUGUCUCAACUUCUCAAGUUGGUGGUCUAUGGAAAAAUGGAUUACGAUUCUUCCGCCAGGGGUUUGAUGUUCGCGGCGCUGUUCCAUUCGGUUUUUGCAAUGCUGCCCUUAAUGUUGGCAUAUCAGCAGGGGUGAUUCUACCUUUGAGCAGAGGAUUUAUGGAAUUGCCUUCACCUGUCCCUGAUAGAUUUUACCUAGGAGGUCUUUCUUCCCCUGUAUGCAGCCUUGGUGUGAUAUCAUCUCUGUUGGGUUUCAAAACAAGAGGAGUUGGCCCAUCCGAACCACAGAGAUCUGUCCCAGGCGAGUCAGUUACGGUCGACGCUGCUGCCUCUACAGGGAGGGAUUACUUGGGAGGCGAUCUUGCUGUUUCUGCAUUUGCUGAUCUAUCCUUUGAUUUGCCCCUAAAGCUGUUCAGAGAUAAUGGAAUUCAUGGUCAUGCAUUUCUUUGUGCUGGAAAUCUUGCCAAGUUGUCUGAGGGUGAGUUUAAGAAUUUCUCAUUCCCUGAGUUUCGGCGCACAUUCAGAAGCUCUGCUGGUGUUGGCAUUGUCUUUCCAACCUCACUUUUCCGGAUGGAGUUAAAUUACUGCCAUAUCUUGAAGAAACAUGAACAUGAUCAUGGAAAGAGUGGAAUUCAGUUCAGCUUCUCCUUGGAGUAGAUGUUCGAAAGUGGAGCAACAUUUUUGACCUGUUGAAGAAUUAAUAUUGCGUGCUAUUGCACUGAACCAUUUAUCUUCGUCGCCGAGUCAGCUGUUUAACAAGUACUGUAGGAGACUAGUUGAUCCCGUCAUCCGAUAUAUUUGACUUCUCGUGGUAUGAUCGAGAACUGGAAGGGUGUUGGAUGCUGUAUUAAAUUAUUCGAUUUCACGGUGUUGCCAUGUUUUGAAGUUGUCUUAUUGGCUCGGUAGAGAUUACGCUGUUGCUUUAAAUUGUGAUGGUUGAUACUGGAUAGAGUAUUACUACAUGUUGUUAUGUUGGCAGGAGUUUUACACCAUGGGGUUGGGAGGCCCUGCUACCUGUAUGCAUGCUUUUUAUUCUGACCAUUUUAA